GAGCGAAUCACAACCCGGGAAACAAAACUGCCGGCUUUCAAAUCCUCCGCCUCCCUUAACGCCAUCAUCUUGGGAGGCUGCGGUGGCCGUAGCGGGUCCAACGUGACAAGUGAGAUCCGACGCUCCCAGCAUCUUUCCCAUCUGCAACAGUUGGCACAGUCAAAAAAUGGCAUCAGAAGAUAUAACUAAGCUUGCAGAAUCACUUGCUAAAACCCAAGUGGGAGGAGGGCAGCUGAGUUUUAAAGGCAAGAGUCUGAAACUCAAUACUGCAGAAGAUGCUAAAGAGGUGAUUAAAGAGAUUGAGGAGUUUGAUGGGAUAGAAGCCCUGUGUCUGGAAGGCAAUACUGUGGGGGUUGAAGCAGCAAAGGUCAUUGCCAAGGCUCUGGAGAAGAAAUCUCAGCUCAAGAGGUGUCAUUGGAGUGAUAUGUUCACCGGAAGGCUGAGGUCUGAGAUUCCCGCUGCUUUGAUUUCUCUUGGAGAAGCCCUCAUUUCUGCUGGCUGCCAACUUAUAGAGCUGGAUCUGAGUGAUAAUGCCUUUGGACCAGAUGGAGUGCGUGGAUUUGAGGCAUUGCUGAAGAGCCCUGCCUGUUUUACUCUGCAGGAACUCAAGUUAAACAACUGUGGCAUGGGCAUUGGUGGUGGCAAGAUCUUAGCAGGAGCGCUGAAAGAAUGCUACAGGAAAUCAAGUGCUCAAGGCAAGCCGUUGGCUCUGAAAGUAUUUGUGGCUGGCAGGAACCGUCUGGAAAAUGAUGGUGCAAUUUCUCUUGCUGAGGCAUUCACAGUUAUUGGGACUUUGGAAGAAGUUCAUAUGCCACAGAAUGGAAUUAAUCAUCCAGGAAUUACAGCCUUAGCUCAGUCCUUUGCUGUCAAUCCCUUGCUGAGAAUGAUUAAUUUGAAUGAUAACACUUUCUCUGAGAAGGGAGCUGUGGCUAUGGCAGAAACCCUAAAGAAACUCCGCCAAGUGGAAAUAAUCAACUUUGGUGAUUGCCUGGUGCGUUCAAAAGGUGCAGUUGCAAUUGCUGAAGCUGUUAGUGAAGGCCUUCAUAAACUAAAGGAACUCAACUUAUCAUUCUGUGAGAUAAAGCUAGAUGCUGCACUAAUAAUUGCUGAGGCUACUGAGGACAAGUCAGAGCUAGUGAAGUUAGAUCUCAAUGGCAAUUGUUUUGGGGAAGAAGGCUGUGAACAGCUCCAGGAGAUUCUUGAAGGCUUCAACAUGGCAGAGGUCUUAGGCUCCCUGAGUGAUGAUGAAGGAGAAGAUGAGGAGGAAGAGGAGGAGGAGGAGGAGGAGGAAGAAGAGGAGGAAGAGGAAGAGGAGGAAGAAGAGGAGGAGGAGGAAGAAGAGGAAGAGCCACCUCAGGUGCAGGAGAGGGGACAGGGAGAACAAGAACCCCUUACACCUAAAAAAAUCUUAGAGGACCAUGCUUCUACUCCAUUAUCCUCUCCUCCUCUCCCUCCUGUUGAUGUUGGCACCUUUCUAGCUUUCCCAUCGCCAGAGAAAUUGUUGCGACUUGGCUCCAAGUGUUCGACUUUGAUAACUCAGCAGACGGACACAUCUGACACAGAAAAAGUUGUUACUGUUUUCCUUAAGAUCUCUUCUGUCUUCAAAGAUGAGGCAGUGAUAAAAACAGCAGUGAAUGAAACAACAGAUGCUUUGAUGAGAGAAGCUUUUUCAUCAGCUAAUUUCAAUUCUGAUGCUUUCAUAACAAGUCUUUUGAUUCACAUGGGAUUGUUAAAGAGUGAAGAGAAGAUCAGGGCUGUUCCAAGUCUUUAUGGCCCACUAAUGACGCUAAACCACAUGGUCCAGCAGGAUUAUUUUCCCAAGUCCCUUGUCCCAAUUCUCUUGGCCUUUGUCACAAAACCUAACCGUGCGUUGGAUUCCUGCUCCUUUGCUCGGCACUUGCUAUUACAGACCCUCCACCAGCUGUAACACACAGGGCAUGGGACACCCCCUCACCCAAAGACUGUCAGGAGAGCACGCUGAGAUGGAGAGCAAAGACACCAGAACCUUCAGGGGAAAAUGUGCUGCUUUGGUCACUCAGGCAUAGGAUGUCUGGCUGCCUUCUGCUGUUACAAACUUUGAGGAACUCUGCCAUGUGCUUUUUAUGUUGCUGUUCGUUGUUUUUAAACUGUAUGUUUCAAAGUGAACUCUGCCUUCCCCAGAAUCUUUUCCCCCCCCCCAUUUCUCUGAGAUUGUUUUGUUUUGUUUUGUUUUUCUCGGCUGGCUUUGUCUCAGGUUGCUUUUUUGAAUCUGGGAUUCUGUUUCUCAUUCAUUGUACUCAAGGUUUAGAACUUACCUAAUAUCUUCAAAUAUAUCGCUUGGACUCCUCUUUGGAGGGAACAGAAAAGGUCUGAAGCUUCCUUGUUUGUGCAUUGUGCUAUGAGCCCAGUGGGGGUGUUCUUUUCUUCCAGAUGUAGGUCACCACAAGACUUAAAACAAUAUUACUAUUUUUACUAUUUCUUACUCUUGGUAGUAAGGCUACAUUUCUCUAGCAAUGUAGCAUAUUUUUCUGACCAAGUAUAUUUCAUGUAGGAUCCUUCACCAUUACUCAUUGACAUUUCUGCUAAUAAGAUGAUUACUGGUGACCUGCUAAUGACUGUUAGUGAUACUGCCUUACAAACAUAAACAUGCCUAAUUAAAAUAGAACUGGUUCAGAAUAAAUGUAGUCAAUUUUGA